ACCGGUCCGCUGAGCCAAUAUUGUGCACCAAACCAAACCAGCAAUAUAUAUAUACAUAGAAUACGUACGACCAUUAGUCAUACGCUAUCACCCGUUAAUCGGCUGGAAAAUUGCGUGUUGUGUUAUGCUUUUACGUAAAGGUGCUAAAGAUAAUACGUUGAUCAUCAUAUUCUUUGAAUAUUUGAUUCAAACUCUUAUAAACACAUCGUGCAAUUGUAUAUCUACAUGGUCAUGACAAAAGAGAAUCGGUAACGAGUUAAGGGAAUGUCCUGCAACACCUGUCAAGCAAGAUUUUCGUUCUUCACCAAGGACAUUGGUUGUCCUAGCUGCGGCUUUUCUUAUUGUAACAAGUGUCUCAAGUACAAAUGCGAUAUUCCCAACACAGGAACGAAGAAAGUUUGCGGUCGCUGUUAUAAUAAAUUGAACAAAAUGAAAGACCUGAGUCCCGAACUUAGUAUAGACAAUAUUGAAAUGUCUGACGCCAGCAAAGAGCCACUUGCGCCAGUUGAUGUUACUAUGAAGUUGGACUCAUUGGAAAAUCCAGUAAAACCACCAAUAGUAAUGUAUAAACACAUAAAUCACUGGGACAAGUUGAAGAAAGGGCUGGAGCCAGCCGAUCAGGAAAUAGUGGAUAGGCUACAGAAAUUAAAAGACAAAGAGAAGAAUAUCCCAUUACCCACGGUUGAGGAAAUAAAGCGAAGAUUAGCACUGUUGAAGGAUCAGGACCCGGAGGCCAGUGGAAGUAAUGUAAAUAUACAUCAAGUGGACAGCAGAACUGACCAAGAGAAGGCGGACGAUCUGAUUCAGGAAUAUCUUGCUCAGCUGGAGUUGCCAUCUGCUGAUCCUUGCGGAGAGAUUGAGGAAAGACUGAGUUCUUUACGGGACGGAGACAAAAAAACUUAUUUCACUCCAGUCAACAGAGAGGAAGGUGAUACUGAUGAGUAUUUAAUUAAUAGAAUAAAGGCAAUGUCAACGGAAGUAGACAAUACUUCUCCAAGUAAAAAAGAUGAGGACGAGGAUGAAGACGAGUUUGAAUGCGUGAUGUGCUCAAAUAACGCGACAAAAAUGGACCUGUACAGGUGCACCGGCUGUACAGGAGAUCUUUAUUGUCUCGAAUGUUUCGAGAAUAAUCACGAUGAAGAUGAAAUGGACAAACAUAAGGCAGUUCGCUUUAACAGGCAAUCUGAAAAGAGCUAAAGGAAAAGGCUGAGUUUCCGUGAAGAGAAGUUUUUAUGUAAAAAAUCGUCAAGAACAACAAUGUCACAAACAAUAUCGUCAGCUCGGAGAAAUGUUCACCGAGCAGUGCAAUGUCACUUUACGAAAAAAAAAAAAAAACGCUUUUGCCACUUCAUAUAAAAUUACAAUGACAAUAGAGUACAUACAACGGAAUAUUUUGCGCACAGGUGUUUUUUACUAAAAACAAUAGAUAUGCAAGCUGAUUAAAUAACAAACGUCCUCAUUUGCUUGAUGCAGGCAAUUUUUUUUAAUCUCAGAAAGGAGAGAAUAUGUGUCGCACGCUUGUGGUUCGUUUCCUGGUUAUGGUUCUUCUUAGCUUCGUUGUGCCUCUUGAGAGAUUAGGAAUUGUCGGAACGCGGCAUUAGGUAUAUAACGCGGCAUAUUAGUGAUAUAACUUUUAAAAUAACAAAUAA